CAGGGUAUGAGCUGAGCAACCUGGCCGGCCCCCCUUCUCAAUCCGGGAAACGGUACGCAAGUAGGAGAAGUACGCGAGUAGGAAUGUCAAACAGGACAGGAGCUAGGAAAGCACGUUGUGUCUGUGCCUGCCCUCUUGUCUGUCAGCUGAUUGCUUUUUUUUGCCUUUGCUUCCCAUCGACUUCACUUCCGCCGCCGUCAUGCCUUCCUUCGUGCCCGUUGAGCAGGCGGCCUUCGAGGUCGGCCAGCGGAUGCAGAACGACCACCAGCUGGUUCAGGAGGCAGAGGAGGCCUUCCGCACCGUCUGCGAGCAGGAUGCUGAGAUCCAGCUGGCCGCGAGAGAUGCGGAGAGGGUCCAGCUGCAGAAGCGCAGAGAGGCGAUCCAGCUAUUUGGCUCGGGGGAGCGUCAGGACCUGCCGACCUGGUCGGCUGGACGUGCUUGAACUACAAGGUGCGCAAGCACGACGGCUUCGCGCGCUUGCUCAAGGUCAAGGACAGCCGCCUGAAGGGAUUCGUCAACGCCACCGAUUCAAGAAGGCCUCGCGGGAGAAGCGCUACGACAAGUGCGUGGAUCUCCUUUUGCCCGACUACAUGUACUGAUGUACACGAUGCUUGUACUUCCUUGAAGUGCUCUCAUGCCUGAUGUUGCAUGGAAGGGAUAUGGCAAUGCGGGCAAUUCGUUAUCUCAAUCUCUCGAUCCCUUUGUUUGUGGUUGGGCGCCCAGAGUUUUUGCUAGAACAUGGGACGGUCAGCCAGAUCUGUGCUCGUGGGACUUCGUCAAUCAGUUCAAUCCUCU